GCAGGUAGCCUACAUGUUGCCUCAUUCAGCUGCUGUUUACGCCUGUGCUGCUGUCACAUGUUUGACUCCUUUUCCCAGAAACCCCCUGUGCGCAGGCGCAGAACGCUUCGCCUGACAGUGGUAAACAGACGUCAGAAGGGAGUCUUCGCCUCGAGUCAAAACAAAACAAAACAAAACAACUCAAAAAGAGACUGAAGGAGUGAAUAUUUGGACAGCCACGACGACAGGAAGUUUUAAAAAACUCAUCGCGGAUUAAAAUCGGCCACUUGGUGGAAGUUAUCGGGAGCUUUUCACGGACUUUUUCACGGAUUGUAAACUCUGGAGUACAGCAGGAGCUUAAGCAGCUAGCGUUACGGAGGCUAUCGUGCUGUUUUCAAAGUGCGGCGGGUUGGAGCCGACACACCGCCGAGGACACACAACUUCACCCAACACCCGGGAAUCCGCUUUCUAGUUUGUUCUCCGGUACUUGGUGGCGGAUCGACCGAGCUCCGGGCCUCGCUGGGAGGGUUUUAUAGCCGCUUCUUCGAGCAUCGUGUGCGGCGGCGGCAGCAGAAACAUGGCAGAUGGUGACAUGCGCCUGGCCGCAAUGUGGCGGAUCGUGCAGACCUGAAGCACGGACUUUACUCGCAAACAUUUCUCUCAUCUUUCCACUUUUAUUAACUUUAUAAACACCAUUUGUCAGUCACCUAAAUCCCUUCCCUGUUCCCCCGCUCUAAAUUUUUCUGAUUUUUAGUUUUUAGCGGCUUUUACUUACAGGCCGAGGAGCUGGAGGCUGCUUUUUAAACACUUUUUUUUUACAGUUGCAAACAAACUGUUGUUAGGAUGAUCAGUCGUUUUUAGUUUUUACACUUAACUUUGAUUUUACCGGACUGGGUUGUGAGGUUUUUUUACGUUAUUUAUUUGUUUGAAGUUUGUUUGGAUGUUUUCUUUGGCUUGUGUAGAUCACAGACAUCACGUUGUUUACAAGUGGAUACGGACAGGGGCUCCUGAGAAGAUCCUUUGUAAUCCCUGUUUGUAGUUUCAUAGCUUUACAGUAAAACAUAUAAACCCUCCCUGUUUUGAAUAAGACCAUUUAAAUAUAAAUUGAUACAUUUUGUACGAAAUAUUUCUUAAUUUUUUAUUUAUUCAAAAAAUAUUGUUUAGCAUUGCUAAUUAUAUUUUUCACAACAUUUACCAUUUAAAAAAAUAUUUAAAUUGUUAAAUAACAGGAAUGGCAUUAUUUUGUAUCCAUAUACCUUUAACAUUUUGGUAUUCAUUUGCAGGGGAACCAAAACCUCUGUAGAACCAGAUGUUUUGGUGCUCACUCUGCCACUUUUGUUUUUAUUUCAUUCAAACAAAGGGACUCUCAUCCCGGCCCUCCUUCUUUCUAUAUAAAUCGGAAGGUUUAUGAUAGUUACUAUUAAAGAGAUUAUUUGGGUUCCCUAAUCUCCAAUCUGAGGAUUAACCGAGGCUAUUGGUGUGCCCAGAUUAUUCCGUCUCCUCUCCAGGCCCCACAGUCUCUGGAGCAUAUUGUUUUUGUGUCAGUUUUUUUUACUCAUCAUACACUUAAAGUUUACCUUAACUUUUUAGAGUAGAUGUUUUAAGUCGUGACAUAUUUUUUUGGUUGAGUGUAAAUUCAGAGGACCACCAUGGAGGACUCUUCGGUGCCACCGAUUGAUCCAGAUUUUGAGCCGCAAAGCAGGCCCCGCUCCUGCACAUGGCCCCUGCCCAGACCUGACAUCUCGGCUGUCAAACCGGAGGGGGCGGAUGGCUCCGAGUCCUCCGCCGGGACCCCGCCCGGGGACGAGGACAAGCCCGAGCCCCAGCAAAUCACGUCCGAGCCCGAGAAGGCUUUGGAGGCGGGGGCGGAGGGAGGGGCCGCGGCCGGCGGGGGAGGAGCGACGCCCCGCAAAGGGUCCUCCCGCCGCAACGCGUGGGGGAACCAGAGCUACGCAGACCUGAUCAGCCAGGCCAUCGAGAACUCACCUGAGAAGAGGCUGACCCUGGCGCAGGUCUACGAGUGGAUGGUGAAGACGGUGCCUUACUUCAGAGACAAAGGAGACAGCAACAGCUCGGCUGGCUGGAAGAAUUCAAUUCGCCACAAUUUAUCACUCCACAACAAGUUCUUGAGGGUACACAAUGAAUCGACAGGAAAGAGCUCCUGGUGGAUGCUCAACCCAGAAGGAGGGAAGACGGGGAAAGCCCCCCGCCGCCGCGCCGCCUCCAUGGACAACAGCAGCAAACUGCUGAAGAGCCGCAUGAGGGCAAAGCAGACCAAGAAGCAGGCGGGAGCCGCCGGGCUGGGGGGGGCAGGAGGGGGGCUGCAGGGCGACGGCAGCACAGGCUCCGGGGGCGCAGACAGCCCCAACUCAUCCCAGCAGUUUCCCAAAUGGGGGGUGAACAGCGGCAGCCCCUCGUCCCGCGGCAGCCUGGACGACUCUGACAUGUGGACCACCUUCCGCCCACGCACCAGCUCCAACGCCAGCACCCUGAGUGGGCGUCUGUCCCCCAUCGCUCCGGGACACGAGGACGACGACAACCUGCCGGAGGACAGCCUGCUGGGCCGAUACAGCUCCAGCAGCCUGACCCCCACCCUCACCGAGACCCUCAUGGAAGAGCUGGAUCUGAUCGACGGCCUCACAUUGAUGACCGGGCAGCAGGGAGGGGCCAGUCCCAGCACAGCCCCCCCGGCCCCUCCCACCCCGCUGCCCUCCGCCUCCACCCUGCUGCCCCGCGGCUCCAGCUUCUCCUCCUUCAACCAGUUGCAGCAGUCCAGCCUCCCGCCGGCCCCCCCCCCUCACAGCGGGACCCAGGCCUCUCAGUGUGGCAGCAAAGAGCCGUCAUCCUUCAGCAACUCCCUCUUCAACCCCAUGUCCAGCUCUGGCUCUCGUGGGGGCGGCCAUUACACCAGCCAUGUGCCUUCCAGCCUGGAGGCGCUGCUCACCUCCGACUCCCCCCCCCCCAGUGACGUGAUGAUGACCCAGGUGGACCCCCUGAUGCAGAGUCCUGGAGGCAUGAUGGGCCUGGGCUCAUCCGUGGUGGGCGUGAGGUCCAAACCCAACCAGCUGCUGUUGGGGAAAGGGCUGGAGCCCAACACGGUGGCCCCCAUGGCGCUUCAGCAGAUGCAGCAGCGCCACCUCCACCUCCAGCAGCAGCAGCAGCAACAGCAGCAGCAGCAGCAGCAGCAGCAGCAGCAGCAGCACCAACAACAACAACAACAACAACAACACCAGCACCACUCACAGAUGGGGUUGGGGAUGAUCCUCUCAGGUAUGUCUCAGGACCCGUCACAGCUCUCCGCCCUCAAAGCCCAGCACGCAGCCCUGCCAGCGGGGGGCUCUCACCCCGGGGCGGCCCACCCUGGCUCCAGCCUGCUGGGGAUGGCUCAGUUGGGUCAGUUGGGUCAGUUUGGAGCUCCAUCCUGCUUCCAGCCCGGGCAGGACCGGCUGCCCACAGACUUGGACAUUGACAUGUUCACCGAGAACCUGGAUUGUGACGUGGACUACAUCAUCAACAGUGACCUCAUGGACGGAGACGUCCUCGACUUCAACUUUGACCCCAUCCUGCCUGGAGGCCAGGGCUACGCCGGCCCCGCCUCCACACAGGGCUCUGCUCACAGCUGGGUGCCGAGCUAAGUCCUCCGCUGUCCAGUCAGCCAGGAACUGAUCUCCAAUCAAUGAAACCUCAAAAUCGUUCAAAACAACCGGUGCAUUCCUCCUCCCUGCUGGCUGGAUUUUAAAACAAGAUGCUUCUCUCGGACGUAAAAGACAGAGCCCCCCCCCCCAUGUCAUGUGCCAAGACAUGCGGAGGACAGGGAGGAGCUUCAUGCUACUAUGCACAAUAUUUCUCCCUUUUUUCAAAAAACAAACUCUUGCAACGAUUUGGCUGCUAGCCGAUUAACCUUUUUUUCUUCUAACCAGAACUGAUGUUUUUUAAAAGACGUGUGACUUGGUGUUUUAAAGAGUGAAAAGACAAAUCAUGAACUCCCCUCUGCUGGGGGUUUAUACUUCAGUUUUGUUACACCAGAAUAGCUUUAGGGUGGAUACGGUACGGGACUACUUUUGGUAUUGAAGACUCAAUAGACUGUUUGUUUUUUUGGAGAAAUGGCCAGUUUUCCUUACUACACGAGCACGAACUGCCAGACCAAAUGCUGUCGGAGGAAGAAGCCUCCUCACAGGAUUGUGUUGCGAACAGACGGAAGAUAAAAGACUGGGCGACUGGAGGUAUAACAUGUUUGAUUUGACAUCUCGCCCAAUUGUAAACUACAAUUAUGUGUACGGUUUAAAUUUCUCACUUUAGAGGGGAAAAAAAGAAGAUACAUUUUUUUUUCUCCAAUGGAAUUUGGUGAGCAGUUAAGAGGGUCUGUAUUUGCAGUUUGGCUAGUUUGACUUCAAUCCAGUGUGUUGCGGUAGAUGUCAGUUAGAGGGUGUGUUUUUUUUUUAUCCCUGAUGUGCAGUUAAACUAACAAAAUGAAGAAAUGUGAUUUUUGAAUUUAUACACGGGGCAUUCAAGGGUAAAUUGAUUUGCCAACAAGUGAUUGGUUGGCCAAGUAUUAUAUUGUUUCAGACAGCAGUAUGCCACCACUGUCAGACAUCUACUUGAUUAUUAUCUCCUCUUCCGUUCUUGUUUUCAUCGAGCCUGUGCAUUUUCACAGCACUUAGGUUUCCUGCGAUCCAGGAACCCCAAACUAGUAGACACAUUAGGUUAUAACAUUUCAUCAAAUGAGUUUAAAUCCUGUAAAAAAAUAAAUAAAAGUACGUGUUGCACAUGUACACGAUGAGACGCUAUGCAGAUUUAUGGAGAGAACUAAAUGAAAUCUUGAAGGAAAUUAAAAAAAAAUCACUUCUUGAAGGGUUUUGUUGUUUAACAUUUUCCUGAAAUGUUGAGACUUUAAUUAUUCAAGAAAUUAAUUCUCUGUGUGAGAAGUACACAAAAAGAAUAUAUUUGAUUAUAGUUUUAAUAUACAAUUUAGACGAGGUAAUAAAUGAGAUAUUAAUACAUAUGAAUAUAUUACUAAUGACAAGUAAUGUUUUUUUACAUUGGAGGAAGCAUUCUCAGAUAAUUUUUAACGGUAAUUUUCUAUACUUUUAUUUUUGUAAAGAAUGAGAUGCAUGUAGAUUUUUUUACAUAACCAAAGGAACACUAAUAUUUGCAUGGCAUGUAGGGAGCGCUUGGGCCUGACACAGUAUCUCGUGUACAUAAGCUUUGCAGAAGAUGCCUGUAACAUAAGAAUCUGACUUGUAGAGUGAGGCAACGUGCAUCGAUACUUGACCAUUUAAAUUCCCAAUGAUCUGCCUCUUUGUUUUCUGCAUUAAUCGUGAAUCCAAAAGAGAAAGAGUCCCACUUUCAACAUGCCGCCGGAUUCUCAUCUCAAAACGAGACUGAUACAACCGUUACCUCUCAGGGUCGCUCACAAGAAACACAGGAAAACAACUUUAUGAUCACUAAAUAUAUAGAUUAGUUUUGCUUUAUGAUCACGUGACCAUAAAGCAAAACUAAUCCAUAUAUUUGACCCAUUUGUCUCUGGCCUGGAAACCUUCACGUCUUUGUUUUCCUGGAGGAUUUUCUGUCUUAAAAAGAGUUGACUUUAAAUUUGACUUCCCUUUUUUUAUUUAGAGAAGUGUUUUCUAGCUCUCCAGCCCUGUGUAUCAGUGAUAGCCGAUCCCUUGGGUUUCCUUUUUUUUUUUUACUGCCAAUAUUUAAAACACUAUAGCAUGACUUUACUCAGUAGCAAGAUGGACUUUAUUUGUCCUCUUCCCCCCCCGUACAUUUUGUGUUUGUAUUUAAAUACUUUUGUUCAUAAUUGUGAUCAGAAAUAACAUCCCUGCAGUUUGAACUCUCAUCAUUUCACUGCAGGUAUGUUAGCCUCUGAUUUGUACAAAGCACUCUCUUUUUUUUCGUUCCACAGUUUUUUUUUUUUUAAACAUUAUGAACGGUGCUAGAUGUCAUUUGUGACGUAUCCUGCAGUACGCCAUGAUGCAAUGGGUGCAUAUCAGGACCUUUUGAAUUCUCUGUACACAGCUCCAGGAUCUGGAUGUGGUGUUAGGUUAGAAGUUAGCACACGAUCAAAAGUCCUUCCCCUUCCUCAUUUUUUAUGUUUUUCUAUAUAAAUAUGAUAACCCCCUUCUCCAAACUGGUCAUUAAUUAGAUCUGGAAACAGGAGACCAGCUUGUUCAAAGUGCAUGAUUUUCUUCUAAAUCAUAACAUGUAAUCAUUUUUAGAAAGUUGUAUAAUGCAACUAUUUUGCCCCCUAUUUUGAAUUAAUGUCCAUGUGUUGGAAAUGUUAUUAACAUUUAAAGGACAGACUUGCAGCAUGUAAAGGAGCGGUGGUUGGUUUGAUGUCUCUAGUUUACUGUUGCCUCGUUUAAAAAAAAAAAAAAAAGGGCAGGUGUGGUGUUAUUACUCCCCUUGUAUCUCCCCCUCUAUGUAAUACUUAUCUACAUAUUUUGUUCUUCAGUUUUUUAAGUAGCAGUUAGUCCCUUAAUGUUUGUUUUGAACUUUUAAAAUUGCCCCUAUUUUACUCAGUAUUUUAGUAUUCGGCAAGGGUUUUUCUUUCAUAAGGGGAGGGUGGGGUGGACAUGGAAUGAUGAGUUGUGCAUAAGCCAAUUAUGUUUAUGAUUUUUGAUUAAUGUUGAUAGUUUUUACCCCCCCCUACCUCUUUAUCUUUCUUUACACAUUGUAAAGUCAGCCAGAGAUGACAGUCAGUUCUGAAAAGCAGAAAUAAAUUCAAUAAACUGUUUAACCCAC